ACAUGAUACAGCAGAGCUCGUAUGAUUGGCAUCUUGGAUCGGCGGGAGGGAGGAGAGCAUCGUUCAGAUUUUAGGGUUUACUGGUAGAUUCUUACGAGUAAGUUUCGUAUUUGGGAAUUUACGUGAGAUUCAGCGGUGGGUUUUGAAUCGGGGUCGUGUUAGGGUUUACCGCUUCUUGUGCAUCGUUGUUUCGUCCAAUCGAGGAAGUCUAGCGGUGCGGUCGAUUUCGAGGAAGUUUUCAGAAACCUUACAAGUACAACUACUACUUGUAUUUGUACUUUAUACCUUUCCUUCUAUUGCUGAGAAAGAGGAGGAAGCCAUGGCAAUACAGAUGCCAGGGAAUCCUUCUCAUAAUGUUGAAGAUGCUGCUACUUUUAAGCCCAAAUGGUACUUCACUGAAGAAGAAAUAGAGAAACAUUCUGCAUCAAGGAAAGAUGGGAUUGGUGGUGAACAGGAAUCUCGAUUGCGGCAUUUAUAUUGCUCCUACUUACAGAAACUUGGCAUGGAGCUUAAGCUGCCUCAAGUUACCAUAGCUACUGCAAUGAUGUUAUGCCAUCGAUUCUAUAUGUAUCAGUCUCACUCAAAGAACCAUUGGCAGCAUGCGAUUUUGAUCGGAAACUCACUUUUGCAGACUGUUGCCAAUUCCAGCAUGUUCCUAGGGAGCAAAGCAGAAGAUACACCAUGCAGUUUGAGAGAUUUUGUUUUGGUUGCUUACAAAUUAAUGCACGAUCGGGAUCCUAUAGCUUCUGAAAAAAUCAGACAGAAGGAUGUUUACGAAAAGCAGAAGCAGUUAAUCUUGCUGGGGGAGCAGCUAAUUUUAGUUACUGUUGCCUUUGAUCUUAAUAUUGAACAUCCUUACAAGCCACUAGUUGCGGCUCUGAAGAAACUGGGAAUAUCACAAAAGGAAGUCUUCAAAGUAGCAUGGAAUUUUGUGAACGACUGGCUUCGGACCACUCUCUGCUUGCAAUACAAACCACACUAUAUUGCUGCUGGUUCCGUCUAUCUUGCUGCCAAGCUUCAGAAGAUAAAGUUGCCUUCUUCAAAUGGCAACUCUUGGUGGAUGCAGUUUGAUGUUUCUCCGAAACUGCUAGAAGAGGUCAUUCAACGCAUGCUUCAGUUGCUAGGGAAGACUAGCAAACAAACAAUGCCUGCUUCAUGUGAAGAUAAAGGUGAACCAAAAGCUGUCGGUGUCAAGCGAAAACUCAGCAGCAGCAGCGCUGAAUUACACAAUCCAAAUGGAUUGAUCGCUGGGCAAGCAUUGAGCAAGUAUUCUGUGGAGACUGCUCGAAUCAGUUCAGAAUGUUCAUCUGUUGUCAGUAAGAAUCCGAAGAAUCUCAAGCCUGAUCCUAAAGAUGCGCCGACAACCGAGAAUUGCCCAAGCGAGUCUGGCAGCGCAAACAGCACGGUGGAGGAUGUUGAUACUGAUUUGAUAACAGCAGAUUCAAACCAGGCAUCCUGCUGCAAGAUUGUCUCUGCUAACGAAAACUCCCAGAAAAUCGAUAUUUCAAAAAUUAGAGAGAAGCUGAAGAGAAGGAAAAUGACCAGAAAGCAGCAGCAGGGGGAUGGGAACUUAGAAGAUGAGAUGAACGACGAGGCUUGGAUCGAGAAAGAGCUGGAGAAGGGGAUAGAGUUGCUACCUGCAGCAUCAUCAUAGCGACGACAUUAUAUAGACAGUUUAGAAAUCCUCUGAAGAAUGGAGGAACACAGGUCUAGAUUGUUCGGCCGGAGUCGGGUUUCCUGUGUCUGAGAAUCUACAGCAAGAUAUACAUGUGAUCUCAUCAUUCUUUUUGUAUAAGAAUCAUGUGGACGAGAAACAAAUCUUGGUUUAUUAAUACUAUGUGUCAGCUUAAGAAUC